AUUCAACCAGUGCUGUACAAUCCUGUAAAAUAUUAGUCAAACUUUCUACUGUGAAAGCUGAAGGGAAAGCGAAACACGAGAAAUAAACUUGAGCAGAAUGCUGGCUGUAGGUAUUUUGGCACAGAUUGUGCGUAAAACCAAGCUGGGUCCGCAGAUAAACUGCAUGUGGAUGCGACAGCAGAAGACUAUGCACGAUGUGGACAAGCAUGGUGUGCCGUCCAGGAAGGGUUACUCCCCAUUUGGCAGGAACCAGCUGGGCUGGGGUGAGUGGACGGUGACUCGCUUAGAUGAUUUGCUCAAUUGGGGACGCAAGGGCUCCAUUUGGCCAAUGACCUUUGGCCUGGCCUGUUGCGCCGUGGAAAUGAUGCACAUUGCUGCCCCACGCUACGAUAUGGAUCGCUUUGGUGUCGUCUUCCGUGCAUCGCCACGGCAAACGGAUCUCAUGAUUGUCGCCGGCACACUGACCAACAAAAUGGCACCAGCUCUUCGCAAGGUCUAUGACCAAAUGCCCGAACCACGUUGGGUCAUCUCAAUGGGCAGCUGUGCCAACGGCGGUGGCUACUACCACUACUCGUACUCGGUGGUGCGCGGCUGCGAUCGCAUCGUACCCGUUGACAUCUACGUGCCCGGCUGCCCACCCACAGCUGAGGCACUUAUGUAUGGCAUAUUGCAGCUGCAGAAGAAAAUCAAACGUAUGAGGACCCUGCAGAUGUGGUACAGGAAAUAGGCAACGAACAAACGGUUUAUUGCUGAUAUGUAGUUAAUAUAAUUUCAUGUUUGUUCUUCCAGAAAUCUACCCUAUCGGGUGGAUGCUACAAUAAAUAAUAUAUAGCACUAA